AUGACCCUUGCGAUGAUAAAUGAGCACAAACAAGUUCCUUCUUCUGUAAAGAACAGGAAACAACCACAGAAUGAUGAAAAAGAUUCCCCGCUGCACUUCCUGUGCCACGUUCAGAGGAGGAUGAGCACGGUGGCAAUGCCGGGACCUCUGAUGCUGUUACUUCUGCUGCUGGACAGCCAGAUUAUCGCAUUUAAUUCAAUACCUGAGGGAUGGAAAUAUGAGGUGGUCUAUCCUCGAAAACUUCGUACUCAGCACAAAAGAGAUACUCAGAGCAAGUAUCCAGCCCAAGUGCACUAUGGACUAGAAGUGAAUGGAAAGCCAAUCGUUCUCCAGCUGGAAAAGACUGAAGAUCUGCUCUCUGGUAACUAUACAGAGACUCAAUAUCUGGAUGACGUAACUCCUGUGACCACUAUUCCAGAAGAAUUGGACCACUGCUAUUAUCAGGGCCAUGUAAAGGAUGACAGCAGCUCCCUGGUCAGCCUCAGUGCUUGCCAGGGACUGAGUGGCCUUAUUGUGACACAAGAACAAAAGCUUUUGAUUGAGCCCCUAAACCUGACAGAGAAUGGAGCCCAUGCUGUGUAUGCCUAUCAGGACCAGGAUGCCCCUAAGACUUGUCGAGUGAACCAUACCAUGUAUAAUGAGUCAAUAAUAACUAAAACAGCUUCUUUCAGCACAAAUUCUGAGGUACAAGAAUACCUUAAAGCUAGAAAAUACAUUGAGCUGUAUAUUGUGGUGGAUAAUUCUAUGUUUAUAAAAUAUAACGGUAAUGAAGAAGAAAUCCGGACAAGGAUAUUCAAAAUGCUGAAUUACAUGAACACAGUGUACAAGCUCCUAAAUAUUUUUGUUGCACUGACUGGCAUGGAAAUCUGGAAGACAAAUGACCAUUUUCAAGUAGUCACAGACAUGGAGCUUACUUUAAACAGGUUCACUGAUUGGAGGAAAGACAAUCUGUUGCCCAGGAAACCCCAUGAUAAUGCCCAGUUUAUAACUAAUGUUGACUUUGAUGGCACUAAUGUGGGAUAUGCUUGGACUAAAGAAAUGUGCAGUGAUAGGAGGUCUGCAGGAGUAAGCCAGGAUCACUCUGCAGAUCCUUUUCUAGUUGGUGCAACCAUGGCACAUGAAAUGGGACACAAUCUCGGAAUGGAUCAUGAUGAAGGCAUCUGCAAAUGCCACCUUAAAACUUGUAUCAUGGCACCUUCUUUAAGCAAUGUCCUGCCAGACACGUUCAGCUCCUGCAGUCAUCAGAGCUAUCAGAAUUUCAUUGAGCAACAAAUGCCGCUCUGUAUAAAGAACAAGCCAAGAAAAGGUGAUAUUUACAAUGACCCGGUGUGUGGAAAUAAAUUCACAGAGGCUGGAGAGGAAUGUGACUGCGGCAUGGUUGAGGAAUGUGCCAACAACUGCUGCGAUGCCACUACAUGCAAAUUUAGACCGGGCACUCAGUGUGCAGAGGGGGAGUGUUGCACAGAUUGCCAGCUGAAGACUGCAGGAUCAGUGUGUAGACCAGUUAAAGACGAAUGUGACUUGUCAGAGAUGUGUGACGGGAAAUCUCCUAUGUGCCCUUCUGACCGCUUCCAGGUUAAUGGAGUCUCCUGCAUGAGCGGAAAAGGUUACUGCUACAAUGGAAAUUGCCCCACUCUCCAAGGUCAAUGUAGGAGAUACUGGGGUCCAGAGUCAGUUGUAGCAGAUGAUUCCUGCUGUGAUACAAUGAAGAGAGGGUUUUGUCAGAAAACUGGAGCUGGUGAUCACUGUACAUCCAGGGAUGUGAAGUGCAGAGUGCUAUUCUGCUCUGGGGGUUACUCACAACCCAUUGCUGGAAGCGGUUACUGCACUAUGUCAAACCGAAAUUCAGACUGCAAAACCCUGAAUCCAGCUGUGCUGAUCGAGGAUGGAACUUGGUGUAGGAAUAACAGUAUGUGUAACAAGGGGAGAUGCAUCUCUGUUGCUGAUGUUCAGAAAUGCUCUGCCAAAUGCCCAGGACAUGGGGUUUGUGACCAUGAACAGCAGUGUCAGUGCCAAGAAGGUUGGGUGCCCCCUAACUGUGACAGCAGAGCACAGCUAGGCUCUGGUUACAUUGCACUCAUUGUCAUCAUUCUCCUUAUCAUAGUCGCGGCUGUAUUGUUUAUAGUGUACAAGAAGAAAUUUCAGCGGAGGACUCAUUGCAGGAGAUCUGUAGAAUGUCAGUCAGACUUAGCCAACCCAAUUUUCAACAUUCAAAACGGCACACGAGAGCUUCACAACCCUCAUUCCACAACCCCUCUGGCCCGGAUAAGCGAGGUGUCACUCCUGUGUUGGCGAGGGAGAUUCUUCACUGUUGUCAUUAAUGACAGAGUAAUGCCGCAGAAACCAGAGACAGGAUCAAUCCGGGGAGUGCUGAGUACCUUCCUAUGCCCCCAGCACAGUCUCAGAAGCCUCAAGUAUCACCAAGGUUUCCUCCACAGCCACCGGACCAGUCUCAAAAGCCUCAAAUUUACCAUGAAAGCUCACCCAAAAUGUCAUGUCAGAGACCAACUGCUCCACCUCCACCUAGACCACCGUAAUCCAUCGCUCCACCGCAGUGGCUGGGGCAAGGGGCGCAUGCGCGGAGACCAGCGGGCCGGAUGUCUGCCCCGUGAGCUCCGCUCCUAG